AACGGUCUGUCAGACUCUAUCGCAGUUGUGCCAAUCUGAACGGCUGUGCUCACGGUAAAAACAUAUCGAUAACUUUACGCAAAGCGGCAGGCCAAUUGUUUAUUCGAAGCAUGAACAAUGUUUUAUUAAUUUUUUUAAUAAUAACCUUAAUCCAAGCAAAAUGUGAAACACAAUGUGAUAACACAGAGCAAUCAGCAUGCCUUAAAGAUAAAGGAAUUGAAGUUAAGCAGAAUGCAAAAUUUGAUAAAUACACUCGAAGCAUACAAAAAGCUUUAGCCAAUUACAAGCCAUGCACUACAGAUGCAAAUGACGUCAACUGCACAUGCUAUGCCUCAGGCAUCAAACGUGAUUUGGCCCCAUACAAAUCAACAGGUUUCACUCGAAAAAUGAUCGAAGACGCCGGCAAAUAUGGCACGAGAUAUAAAAUCUAUGGGAACCAGCUGUACAGGGAGGAUAACUGUAUGUUUCCAGCGCGCUGUCAGGGCAUCGAGCACUUUCUGCUGCAGCUGCUGCCGGAGCUGAGAAACAUGGAUUUGGUGAUCAAUACACGAGACUAUCCACAGUUACAUACCUCUUGGCAGCACAAGGGACCCGUUUUCUCGUUCUCAAAAACUACAGAGUAUCUGGAUAUUAUGUACCCGGCGUGGACCUUUUGGGCUGGUGGGCCGGCAACCAAGUUGCAUCCAACAGGCAUUGGACGCUGGGAUUUGAUGCGCGAGAAGCUGGAAAAGGUUUCCAAAGCUAUUCCAUGGCUGGAAAAAGAGGAAAUUGGUUUCUUCCGCGGUUCACGCACUUCGGAUGAACGCGAUUCAUUGAUCUUGCUUUCCAGGCGAAACCCUCAACUGGUGGAGGCGCAAUACACCAAGAAUCAGGCAUGGAAAUCACCCAAAGAUACCCUCGAUGCGCCGCCAGCAAAUGAAGUCUCCUUUGAGGAUCACUGCAAAUACAAAUAUUUAUUUAACUUCCGCGGCGUUGCGGCUAGUUUUCGUCUGAAACAUCUGUUUCUCUGUGAGUCACUCGUAUUCCAUGUCGGCGACGAGUGGCAGGAAUUUUUCUAUCACCAGCUAAAGCCAUGGGUCCACUACGUUCCACUUCACAGCUAUCCCAGUCAGCAGGAAUACGAGGACAUACUCAACUACUUCAAAAGCCACGAUCAACUUGCUCAGCAAAUUGCCCAGAGGGGUCAUCAGUUCAUUGUCCAGCACCUGAGAAUGCAAGAUAUUAAGUGCUAUUGGCGUAAGCUCUUGAAACGCUAUGGGAAAUUGAUGAAAUAUGAAGUGAAACCAGAUGAAACAAUGAAACGCAUCAGAAGCAGCAGAGAUGAGCUAUAGUAUUUAAGCCUGGCGAUUUCUAAGCCCUACAAAUGGAACUUUUGCUUGUUCCAUUCUAUUCCAUUUCACUUUAAAAUAAGAUAAAAUGUGUCGAAUAAAAGAUAAGCCACAAUUGUUUGUUUGCUGUUCCAUUCCAUUUCAUUCCAACUAUAUCUUCAAUAACAUGAUUCUUUAAUAAGAAAACUGGCUUAAGAAUGUGAAGAA